CAGACAAACUUCUCCCCAUUUUUUCUCCCUGACCACAAAAUGAACAGAACAGUAAGGCACUAAGGAGUGGCAAGUGGAAGAAAACAUGAUAGCUUUAAAAAUGUUAGUAUUUUUGUGGAUGUGUCACUCUGUUCUUCUCCAAGGUUCUAAGCCCAAGGAGAAUAGCGGUGUCUUUCUUCCCUCAUUGACAGUUUCCACAGGUAUAUCUAAACAGAUGAUUCUCACAAAAGAAUUCCAGAGUCAAAAAUCAGAUUUUCCCACUACCUCUUAUCCUACAGAAGAGAAAUCAGUAGCAUUAACAGUGGCAGCAUCAAGUGUCAUCAUCUUCAUUGCCAUUCUUGUGGUGAUUGUAAUAAUCCUCGUCAGCAUGGUCAGCAUAAAAUUCAAGUGCCAUCAUUGCAAAAAAGUAACAGACAAACAGAAACCUCAACAUCCAAUAGUAUCAUACAGCUGCUCGGACGCUGAUACUACAGUUGGCAAAAAGAAUGUCUUGUUGGUCUCCAUGAAGGACUUAAGUGCAACCAGCAGCAAAAGUCUUGUGAAGUUGCUGCACCCUGAUAUCCACUGAGUCUCAAAGAUUAUUUUCCUGAUUACUUACAAUCAGCUCAGACUUCAUUAGUGGAAGUGAAGUUAGGAGUGUUUGCCCCAGUGUCCAUCAUUUUACAGUUACUGAAAUUGAUCGGCAUUUGUCCUUUAAUUGCCAAUUCAUUAGUUUCAUAAUCGGUUACUGUCACCUAACACACCUUUUACCACCAUAACAAUAGGUGGGCAACUCUCCAUUCUUUUGUUAGGUGACAGAUUAUCAAGUAAAAAUUUAACCUAAUGUCUUGUGCAAAUGAAGUCCACAUGAUUAAUUUAUGAGAACCCAGAAAAUUGAGUUAAUUUAAUAAAGCAGGAGUAAGUAUGUUGUAUGAACACAGCAUAACUCAGUUUGUUGAAUGAGUCAUAAUGGCUGAGUUUACACCAGAGUUAUACAUAAACCAUCAUUUUAACAUGUUAAAAUAAAAGCAAACCGUUAAAAAUUAAUGUGAUAACUGUUAGAGCCUGCUCAGAAUAAAGAUAAGAUUGUGUGAUGGAGUGGAAUUAUGAAGGCCAGACUCAGGGAGGGAAGCAUCC